CUCCCCACAACUCGACCGUAUCUCCAUUAAAGUAGCUGAGAGCUUGCAUUUUUGCGAGCCAAGCCAGGAGUCGAGGUUGCGAGAUGAAGUUUGGGAAGAGGCUCAAGAAGCAGGUGGAGGAGAGCCUCCCGGGGUGGAGGGACAAGUUCCUGGCGUACAAGCGCCUCAAGGUGCUCGUCCGACUCGUCUCCGGCACCUCGCCGCACCGUGCCGCGGCGGAGGCCGCUUUCAUGCGGCUCCUCAAUGACGAGGUGGACAGGUUCAACGCCUUCUUCCUGGAGCAGGAGGAAGAGUUCAUCAUCCGCCAUAAGGAAGUAAGGGAGACGGUGAAGGCGGUGGCCGGCGAGGAGCCGUCGGAGGCGGAGCGUGCGGCGCAGAUGAGGAAGGUGAGGAGGGAGAUCGUGGAUUUGCACGGGGAGAUGGUGCUGCUCCUCAACUACAGCGCCGUCAACUACACAGGGCUGGCCAAGAUCCUGAAGAAGUACGACAAGCGUACGGGGCGGCUACUCCGGCUGCCCUUCAUCGAGGAGGUGCUCAAGCAGCCCUUCUACACGACGGAGCUCAUGUCGAGGCUCGUCCGCGAGUGUGAGGAGACCAUGGAGGCCGUGUUCGCCUCCGACAACAGUGGUGACCCGUGCACGAGGAAGCGCUGCACUGACACUGAGAUGACUUCCAUGUCAACAGAGCAGGGCAUCCUUAGGAACACGGUCGCGGCGCUGGUGGCCAUGAGGGAGCUCCGCAGCGGGAGCUCCACGUACGGGCAUUUCUCGCUGCCACCCUUGUCAACGGAGGCCACUCUGGUUGCCGAUCUCGUUCAAUCUGAGGCACGUGGUGUUGUUCGGGUGGUUUGACAGUACAUAAGAUUAAUUGUAGCUAUACAUAUAUUUCGAUGCCCGCUUACCGGCGCCAGAUUAUAUGAUACGGCUAACUCAUAUUGCGGACCUUUU